ACCAAUCAACCGAGUAGCAAAAAAGAGAUGCAACGUUAGGCGCCGCUGGUGCAGAAAAGCGAACGGUACAGGAGCGGUACUGUUUCGUUUCCAAAGCGCGAUCGAAUUGCAAACUGGUGUGAUCGAAGGUUGGACCUUUCAGGACGAAGAACUGAAAAUUGCCGGAAUCGGCCUUCGCUAUCACGCGGCAGGAUCAACCGUGGUCGUGGUGAGUGUGGUGGCCGGCGGUAAUUGUCAUUCUUCGUUAAGCGUUGACGUGACUUUCCUCACGGGAUUUUGCGCUGCCUACUACUGCUGGAAGCUCGUCCCUUCGCCGUCCGAUACCAGCGACCGUUUGUGCUGAUUAGCAUCUCCGUCGCUGUGGUUUAAUCUCCUCCGCGGAGAUUGUUAUCUGUUCUGUCCGACCGAACUUGUCCGUUGCCAGAUAGAAAUGGUAGCACAACUCACGCAUCAUCAUGCAUGGUAAUCCAAAAAGUGUUGGUGGAGCGGCGAACGGAAUUGCUGACAGAAAUACGAAAGCCAGCAGGCCUGAGGAGAAAGAGAUCGCCUGAACGUCGAGUCGUAUGCGUUCCGCGACGUCGGCAGAAGAGUGAAAGAGGCAACCCGUGGUGCCGCUGCUGCACGACAGAGGAAGAAACGCCAUCGUAGGUUAAGUGAAGCUUCGUCGUUUUCACCAGUGGCUUGUGUUGUGCUGAGGCGUGUUUUUCAUCACAAAUUUAUGCGGAAAAUUACACUUAAAGCACAGGUUUUGGCCGAAUUGUGAGCGGUUUGUGAUGGUACUCAGCUGACUGGUCAGACAUCCUUGAAACCUUAAUUGGCUUAGUCCAAACACUAUGCAACAAGGAUCAGGAUCUUCUACCCCUACAGUGGCACCGCCUACCGUGCCAUCAGCUCCGGCUCCAAUCGAGAACAUGGACGAUCCGCCACCAAGGAAUGAACCGGCGGUCGAGCCGGUGAACGGUAUCGUGCAACCGCCGGUAGCGCCACCACCGGAGCGUCCUGGGAGGCUGACAAAUCAACUGCACUUUCUUCUCCGCACCGUCAUGAAGGCGGUGUGGAAACAUCAGUUCAGCUGGCCCUUCCAGCAGCCGGUAGAUGCCAAGAAACUCAACCUGCCCGACUACCACAAAAUCAUAAAACAGCCGAUGGAUCUGGGAACGAUCAAAAAACGGCUCGAAAACAAUUACUACUGGACGAGCAAGGAGUGCAUUCAGGACUUCAACACCAUGUUCACCAACUGCUACGUGUACAACAAGCCAGGCGAGGACGUAGUGGUGAUGGCACAGACGCUGGAAAAGCUCUUUCUCACCAAGGUCUCGCUAAUGCCGAAGGACGAAACCGAGAUGGAGGUGCCCCAGCCGAAGGGUGGGAAAAAGAAGCCACGAUCACUGGCUCCGCCGGGAACGUUGGUUGGCGGAAACACCUCCGUUACGGGGGCAGCAGCGGCGGCCGGCGUAGCUCCCAACGCGGCCAUCGUUGCCGGAGCGAAUGCGGUGGCGGCAGCGGCAGCGGCAGCCGCUGCGGCACGAGCUCGUCCCGGAUCAUCCCUCGGAGCCACCGUCUCGUCCAGCGUUCCCCCAAGCAAUGUCGUUGGAGGUGGCUUGGGCGCAGCGUCGACCGUUGUGCCAAGUGUUCCGCCGAUCGGUACCCUGCCACCGCAAACCGUGCCCGGUAGCACAAACACCACCACGACGGCCGCCCCGAACGCGGCCGUAGCGGCACUGGCAGCGGCCGCCGCUGCAGCAGCUGUCAACAGCGCACCGCACAAUCCCAUCAGCAAUCCACUCGGGGCGCCGCCCGUGGUCACCAAACCGCCAGCGCCCGCCAACUCGCCCUACAUGGUGAACAGCUCGCAGCCAGGAAUGGAAACAGUCAUACCUCCCCAGCAACCGGCAAAAGUAAAGAAAGGUGUUAAAAGAAAGGCGGAUACGACGACGCCAACUGCCACCGUGUUCGACCCGCACUACGGUACGCCUAUGGAUUCGAGCGCAGCCAAAAUCGCCACUCGACGAGAGUCCGGACGACAGGAUAUGGUACCCUAUCAAACUUCCGCAUAUCCAAUGUCACCGAUGACGCACCAAGGCACGACAUCGACACAGUACCCGCCGAAGAACAAAGAGAAGCUCUCCGAUGCGCUAAAGUCGUGCAAUGAGAUUCUGAAGGAGCUGUUCUCGAAGAAGCAUUCGGGCUACGCCUGGCCAUUCUACAAACCGGUCGACGCGGAACUGCUAGGUCUGCACGACUAUCACGAUAUUAUCAAGAAACCGAUGGACCUAGGCACGGUGAAACGAAAAAUGGACAAUCGGGAGUACAAGUCGGCCCCGGAGUUCGCCGCCGACGUGAGGUUAAUUUUCACCAACUGCUACAAGUACAACCCACCAGAUCACGACGUAGUCGCAAUGGGUCGCAAACUGCAGGACGUGUUCGAGAUGCGGCUAGCCAACAUACCGGACGAACCGGUAAACAACGUGGCGACGCACCAUCCGGGCAAGGAGAGCGAGGCCUCGUCAUCAAGUGAUUCGAACGACAGUGACGAGGAUAGCGAGUCGGACGAGGAGUGUGCCCAGAAACUGAAACUGCUUGAAAAGCAGCUGUUCGAGAUGCAAGAGCGCAUGCGCAAGCUAACCGAAGAGUCGCUGCAGAAGAAGAAGCAAAAGAAAAAGCUAAAAGAAAAGAAAAAGCAGUCGAUAACGGGAGCCAGUGGAGGCAGUGGUGGUGCCAGUGAUAUAAAACCGAUCAUUGAUCCGCACGGUGGUGGACUCGUGCUACCGCACGGCCCCGGCAAGGGCAUGCAUCAGAUGGCGGGUGCCAUGGGUCAGCCGGCAAUGGGCGGAGGGCCGGGAGUGGGUGUUCCGAUCAUGCCUGCGCCGGGCGCCAAAGCGAAGGCAAAGGGUCAGAGGGCACCUAAAGCGGGCGGAGCUGCAGGAACCGCCAAUGCGCCUGCGAAACGAGCCAAGAAUGCCGGUGCAGCCGGUCCGGGUGCGCCGCGGGCACCGAACAAGAAGAAAGCGUCUCAGAACGUGUCGAACAUUGACUCGGAAGAGGAGGAUACGGCCAAACCGAUGUCGUACGACGAAAAGAGGCAACUGUCGUUGGACAUCAAUAAACUACCAGGCGAUAAACUGGGUCGCGUUGUACAUAUAAUCCAGAGUAGGGAGCCAUCGUUGCGUGACUCCAAUCCGGAUGAGAUCGAGAUCGACUUCGAAACGCUGAAGCCAUCAACGCUGCGUGAGCUCGAGAGCUACGUCGCGUCCUGUCUGCGCAAGAAAACUCGUAAGCCUUACUAUAAAAAAGUCUCCGGCAAAUCCAAGGAGGAACAGAUGACGGAAAAGAAACAAGAACUGGAGAAACGUCUUCAAGAUGUGACGGGUCAGCUUGGCACCACCAAGAAGAACGCGAAGAAGGAUGAAGCAAACAAACAGGACGUUCCUCCAACCGGUGGUAAUAUGUCCUCCAGCAGUAGCUCCAGUGACUCCUCGUCGUCGAGUUCAAGCGAUUCCAGUUCUAGUGAUUCCAGCGACAGUGAAGCAGAAUCCGGCCGACCACCGCGGAAGAAAAAGAAGGAUUCGUCCUCACCGAUGCCGCCUUCCACCAGCCUGAACCUGACGUCCGCUCCGGCCACUGCAACAACACUUCCGGCUGCCUUAGCGCAGAUGCUACCGAGUGCUGCUGCCAGUAACACAACCACCACCACCAACACUACCACGAACAACAACACCACUCUCACAUCUCUCCCGAGUACCGUGACCGCAGCCUCCGCCGCCGCUGCCGCUGUUGCUGGUGUUGCUGGCGGCGUUUCCCAGCAUCAUCCGCAGGCGAACGUCCUAAAUCCAACAUCCAUCGCUAACCAGCAACAGCAGCCUCAGCAGGCGCACAUGCAGCAGGCGAGUCAGCAGCCUAUUUUAGCACCACUGCCGCCCCAAUCCUCCUCGAGUUCAUCCUCUUCCUCCUCCUCGUCCUCCUCCUCUUCCUCGUCCACGUCGUCAUCAUCAUCGAACGCCACUACUGGGUCGACCCUAACCACGACAAUGGUAGGAGGCGGUAGCAUCAUCGGUAGCGGCGUCAGCACUAACAAUACUUCAUCAAGCAUUGCCGCCGUCUCGUCGGGGUAUGGUGUUGGAGGCGUUGCUACGGGUAACAGCAGCAGCGGUGGCAUGCUACACCAUCCAGCAACUACUACGGGAUCGGUGGGUUCCCUUUUGCCCAACUCUUCCAUGUCGCAGCAGCAACCACAGCAGCAGCUGCCUACUACGAACACUCAUACUCAGUCGCAUCCUUUAAUGAUGGCCACUGGUGGCACUGUAAAUAGUAGUAACCAUCAACACCAUCCCCAUCAUCAUAGCGCCGGCGGCAGCAGCAACAACGGCAACAGUGGCAGCAACAGCAACCCUCACCAUCCGACCGGCAGUAGUCAAAGCAACCAAAUCUCUCUACCCAUACCAUCACCAAACAAUACCACCACCACCACCACUACUACCAGCACGAUGCUACCUGUGAAUGCUUUGACCAGUACUAGUAAUAAUCACUCCAGUAAUGCUAACUUGAAUAACGCCAUCAAUGUUACACAGCAGCUGCAGCAGCAGCACGCGGCGGUAUCGAACGCUGCUGUGGUAGCGGGCAUCAGUAGCAACGGGACCAGCUCAGCGUUAUCACUAGCGGCAACACUUCCGCCAUCGUCAUCCGUCAGCAACAACACAAACGGCAGCGACAAUGGGCUGAGCGCGAGCAACGGGUUGAUCAGCAGUAUGCUUGGUCUGCCGGCUUCCUCCCAGCUAGCAACGAGUCUGGCCGCAAUGAGCAACCUAGCCAGCAUGGCCGGUGGGUUGCAGCAAUCCCUCCAAAUGUCGCAAGGUCAGCUGAUGGGCAAGCAACAGCAGCAACAGCAGCUGCACCAGCAACAGCAGCAACAUCAAAUGCAGCAAGCGCAACUGCAGCAACAGCAGCACAACCAGCAAUUCCGAGGUGGCCCGGCAGGAAAUGGUCAUGGCAGCAUUGGUGGCGGGUUCGUGGAUCCGCUCGAGCACACGCUGAAUUCGUUCGAACAGUCGAUCAAAUCGGAGGGGCUUGGGAUGAAUCUGCUGAACGAUAUACCCGCCGCGCUGAAGCAAGAUCUGACGGCGAGCAUUCAGCAGGGCCUGCUACCACAGCUCACUACCAACAUGGACCUGUGCAUGGCGCAUCUGCAGAACAUGCAGCAACAGCAAUCGAGCAACGGAUUCGUGAACGAGUUCAAUGGCAACGGUCCGCUGAAUGGGGGAAUGGGAAUCGCGGGAAUGAAUCAGAUGGUGAUGAACUCGAUGGCUUCGACCACCAACACUUUGAUGAGCAACGUGAACGUGAUGUCGUCUAUCUUCGAUCCGCUGCAAAGCUUCAUUCGCCCGGGCGGCGGUAGCGGUGCUGGUGGUUACCAUCAGCCAAACGCAGGGAUCGGUGCGGCCGGUACCGGUGUAAACCUACCUACCAGUGGGAGUAGUAACAACGGCGGUGGGGGACUUGCCAGUGGUAACAAUCCGGCCGCCGCGAUGCACCUCGAACGUUCGAUCGAUCUGACGCAGGCGGGAAGUGGGAACAAUAGUGCCGCGCUUGGAGCGGCCGGGAUGAUGGCGGGUGGUGGAAACAGUGGUGGCACGAUGAGCAUCAAAAAGGAAGAACAGGGUGCGGGCGGUGGCAAGUUCAUGCUGACACCGAAACCGAUCGAGGAUCUGCUGAUCAACCCGAACGAGAAGAAGAUGGGUACCACGCCACCGCCAGCCGACGUAAAAGGAAACUUUGCACACGCAUUUAACAAGGGGCACGAUCAGAACCUAAAGAAUGCCUGGUCAUCUCUGGCGUCGGCCGGUUCGCCUCAGAACACGCCAACGUCCAACAAGCCAAAGCCAGCGAUGGACUCGUUCCAGGCGUUCCGCAACAAGGCGAAAGCGAAGGAGGAACAGAAGCGUUCGCAAGCAGAAAAGGAGAUGAAACGCCAGCUGGAGCAGCAGAAGAUAAAGCAGGAAGAAAUUAACAAUGGACGCAAACUGGCAAUCGAGCCAGUACCAGCGCGUGUGGUGGAGGAAAUUAAGGCGUCUCCGCAGGGAAGUCCCUCGCCGGGCACUCCCAGCACGACACCGCACGCCGUCGACCGAUCGGCAGCAAAACGCGCCGAACUACGUCGGUUGGAGCAGGAACGCCGAAGGAAAGAAGCGAUGGCCGGUCAGAUUGACAUGAACAUGCAAAGCGAUUUGAUGGCCGCAUUUGAAGAGUCGCUGUAAAAGUAUUGCAGGUCUCGGGACGGGAAAAAAGCAAUCAAGUGGCCGGUCCUUUUAUCACUACCGCCCAGUCGUCUCCAAAACUCGUGUGUUGUGCGUUGCUGUUGGAUUUUUUUUAAUCGGAAAUGAUCCUUAAGAAAGGAUUAUAGAUGCGACCACCAACAGGACGGCGGCAUGUUUCGAAACGCGGUAGUAAUAGACGGGGUUGUUAACGCCGGUGAAGGAAGUGAGGUGAUCGAUUUAUUAAAAAGCGCCACGAAGGGGAGGACUCCAUGAAUAGCGCUUCUGACUUUCAUCAACUAAAGCAAUCAAACACAGUUUGCGUCGUUACCAAAAAAAAAACAAAUAAAAAUAAAAAAACGCGCGUUAAACCACCGAUACAUCCAACAACACACGUGUGCAGUAGUAGGAUUGCCAAGCUGCUGCAAAACAGGAUCGGAAUGCCGGAUGGCGUAUGUUCACCCUAGAGAGAGAAAGAGAGAGAGAGAGAGAAACAUAAAGACAACAAACAAAUCCUGGUUGCACGAUGCAGCUCGCGUAGUCCAAGGAGGAAGUACCAAGGAGAGUACCAUAGCAACGGGGUGGUUGGAGAUUGAUAAAUCUGAAACAAAAACAAAAAGAAAGAAGAACUUUAACGUAGCAAAAACACAAGUCACUGUAAGUUGUUCCGCUCGUGGUGAAAUCCCACUCACACUAUAUAACUAUACAUUUGCGUUGUAAGUCGAACAAGUGAGCAUUGGCAAAUGUAUAAGGAAGAAAGUAGGUAGCACGGAAGUGGUACUGUGGUUAAAACGUUGGUUUAAAAGAAACGGACCUUUCGAUAGGAUUUGAAAUGCAAAUACACUUUAACAUUGUGUUACGUGCGUAGGAUAAUGAAUUUAGAAGUUGACGAAUGAAAGAGAGAGAGAGAGAGAAGGAGAGAAGAACCAAGUGUACAUAGACAUCAAACGAUCCAACAUUUAAGCAUUGGACAUCGAUUACUAGUGUAUAGCGAAAAUAAAGUAGUCUUUAGGGGGUUAAGCGAAAAAGGUAGUAACACAACUUUACCUUAGGGUCAGCAAAGAGUGUAAUGAUUUACGUGUGAACGUCGUUUGUUCGUCGUAACGAUGGCGAAUAUGUUGUAAUAAGGAUAAAAAAAAGUCUGCGGCGGGUAGCGUCCCGUCGUGAAUGACGAAGAAUGUGUUAGAUCGUAAGCAUUCUUUAUCAGUUGUGAUAUAUAAAUUUAAAAAAAAAAACGAAAAAACAUGAAAGCUAAAAUGGAAAAAAGCGGCAAAAAUGGGAAA